AUGAAGGCCAUUGUGAUCGUCCUCUUGUUAGCCAUCGUAGCAGUCUUCGGCGCUGAGGAGAAGAAGGAGAAGCGUGGACUGCUAGGGCUGGGUUAUGGUGGACUUUACGGAGGUCAUGGUUUAGGUCUCUACGGAGGUCACGGCUUAGGUCUUUACGGAGGUCACGGCUUAGGUCUCUACGGAGGACAUGGCUUAGGCCUGUAUGGAGGACACGCCAUCGCCGCUUCGCCCAUCGUCAGCCAUAGCGUGGCCAUUCCUGCACCCAUAAUCAGUCAUGGAAUAGCUGCUCCAGUGUUGGACCACGGAAUAUACGGCCACGGAUUGGGCGCUCCCUUGCUGGGAUUGGGUCACGGGUGGCAUUAG